UAAAACAAAUUGGCGGCAAAACUUGUGAACUUGACAUAUAAAUGAACAAUAAAAUUAUUCAGCUCAGCAAAAAGUGCUUUUAAUUGCUUCCCACCUGGAAAUUCUUGUGUGAAAACUGCGUUAAAUGAUGAGUAAGGAUUACGGCAAUCCAAAAUAUGUGGAUUGGGGCCACAAAUUGGCUGGAAUAGACGUGCCAGAGCUUCGAAACCGAGAGGUCACAUUUUAUAGCAAAGCAGACUGUGGAGGGAUUCAUCUAGUCCCUGGAUCUUGUGUGGUUGUGGCAAAUUUUAAGAGAAUCAACGGCGGAAGAGGAGACAUUGCCAAGAUUCUGCACCUGUUCCAGGUCAGUGACAAAUUUUAUAAGCAGGAUAGGGCUAGGGCUAUUGUACAGUGGUACUCGUGGUUGGAUGGUGUCCCAGCCAGAAGUCUUACUGAUGAUGUUAGAAUAGAAGAUCCCGAUAGGGAGAUUGUUCUGGAUAGUAGACCUUAUGAUAGCGAUAUAUCUCUGGGCACGAUUUCCGGAAAGUGCAACAUUGUUAACGUUCCGGAAGACAUGUCUCUGUCAUCUUUGAUGGCAACUUGUCCUGAAUACCAUGAUAAAGAUGUUCCCACUCGAAUCUGCCGGUACAAAUUGGUGCGAAAGGCAGGAAAGCAUUAUGUACUGCUGCCAGUGUUGGAUGAAUCCUGGGCAGGAGAUGAUGUCACCAAGAUGGAGAUGGAGAUGCCUUUGGGCAGAACUCAAGCAAUUACUCCUCAAACUGACCGGAGAAAAUCUAUCAAGAAUAGGACAGUGUCUCCGAUAAAAAUCAUUGGCAGGAAUGUUAUUCGGAUGUCCGGAAGGAAGCCCAGAGAGAGUUUCUCGGGCAGUGAGUCGAGCAAUGCUGAGAAUGAGUCCCCGAACAAACGAAGAAGCUCUGAUGAUGAUGUUUCAAUGACGCCUAGAAAGAAGACUUUCCGGAACACUUCCAGUGCCCGGAGGAAUCUCAAUGACAGCCUCAAUCAAUCCGGUGACUCUGAUCAGCUCAAUUACUCAAUUGUCAAUGCCAAUGAGGAGCUGAAGCUGAAGCUCAGGGUAUCUAUGAAUCAGAAGAAAGCUUCCAAUACUCCAAGUUCUCCCAGGAAGCGUUCUCCGAAAGAUGAGCUUCAGACCUCGCCCAGGAAGACCCGGAAGAACUCGGUGGUGCCCAAUACCCCAACUACUUCUGCCAGGAGGAGUAUUUUGAGGACGCCAGCGUCUAAAAUCGCUGCGGAUGCCAAAACUCCGAGAAGGAGCAUCACCCUGUCAAAUGUCGUUGAGGAGAUCCCAUCCAGACCAGCCAGGCUCUGCACCAGGCGCCAGACCAUAGGAUUUUACCAUGAUGUCACGGAUGAAUCACCAGAAGUGCCUAAAACCCCGCGUAGCUCCCGUCAGGUCAAGAAACCAACCACCCCAAAAUCCGCUUCCAAAGCAACUUCCGGAAGUACAACUCCCAGCCAGAGGAUGAAGAUGCUCCGGGAGGGAGUCAUUACACCGUCUGUUGGCAGUCGCGAAGGCAAAUUGAAGAGCAGAAAAUCUCUGUUGGAACAGGCCAGGGAUCAGCUGCAUGUCUCAGCUGUUCCCAAGAGCCUUCCGUGCCGGGAAAAUGAGUUCCGGGACAUCUAUCAGUUCCUCGAGGGAAGAAUUAAGGACAAAUGUGGAGGAUGCAUGUACAUCUCAGGUGUUCCGGGGACCGGGAAAACUGCCACUGUGACGGAAGUCAUCCGAUCUCUGCAACUGAAAUUGCCCAAGUUCCGGCACAUUGAGAUCAAUGGGAUGCGCUUAACUGAACCCAGACAAGCCUACGUACACAUAUACAGGCAGCUCCAGGGCAAAACCGUCCCUUGGGAGCAGGCGCACACCUUCCUGGAGCGACGCUUCCGGAAUGGAAGUGGCCAGAAGGAGGUCACAGUUCUCGUAGUGGACGAGCUAGAUAUGCUCUGCAACAGGCGUCAGGAUGUAGUGUACAAUCUCCUGGACUGGCCAUCCAGUAAGGAGGCUAAUCUUGUAGUCGUGACCAUAGCUAAUACAAUGGACCUCCCCGAGAGGCUUCUCAAGGGCAAAGUCACCUCCAGACUCGGUCUAACUCGCUUGACCUUCAAACCUUAUUCCUUCCGGCAACUCCAAGAGAUCGUGACAUCCCGUCUCGUAGGAUUUGACGCCUUCAACGCUGAUGCUCUCCAGUUAGUGGCCAGGAAAGUAGCUGCAGUCUCCGGGGAUGCCAGGAGAGCUCUGGACAUCUGCCGACGGGCAGUGGAAAUAGCAGAAAACGGGGCAAAAGCAGGACUUCCGGAAACAGUCUCCAUGGGCCACGUUGAGCAAGCCCUGGGAGAAAUGAUGUCCAAUCCCAAGGUUCAGGCCAUUAAGGCUUGUUCCCGCAUGGAACAGAUAUUCCUGCAAGCUGUCAUUGCAGAGAGUCUGAGGACAGGAGUCGAAGAAACAACCUUCAUGGGAGUCUAUGCACAAUUCGAAACCAUCUGCUCCAUUUCCGGACUCAUUGCAGCUACUGUGAGCAGGAGCCUGGAAAUCUGCGUGAGAUUAGGCGCCUACCGUCUACUGAUUGGCCAAGACAGCAGAACGGAUCUCUACCAGAAGAUCCUUCUCAAUGUCAGUCCUGAUGACGUCCACUACGCUCUUCAGGAAAAAGCCCAGUAGAAGGCUUUUUUUUAAAUGGUUUUAUUAAAUUCACAAUGUUUGAUUUUUGUGUUUGAAACUUGAAUUAAUUUUUCACUUUUUUACUGAAUAAAUAUUUUAUGAAAAA